CAUAACUUGAUUUUCCGUUUAUCCUACGGCGAAUUGAUCGCUAAUCGUGCGCGCCUGAGAUUAGGUGCCUGCCCUGCACGAGUUGUCUGCCCCAAGCUGGGGUAGUAACUUUUCGAUUCUGCAGAUCUGAAUCUAUUAAGAAUCAAUAAUUUGUUUAUUCUCUCGUUACACCAACCAAUCUCUUGAGCUCAGCGCAGAACCAAUAUGAGCUUUAAGGUCCCUUUCGAUUCGAGUCCUCCCUCGACUCCGGACAAAUCUCGCAGCUUAUUUAGUUUAUCUGAGACCCCUGCGGGUGGUCCGCCGUCGGCAUCCAACUCCUUUACUCCGCGUGGCCCUCCUCCGUCCACCGUAUUUGGAAGCUCUCAGAUGAGCUCUAGAUCGCAGUUUGACUCCCCCGGGUCUCUUUUUACAAAGUCCGGUAACAUCAACCCAAACGACAGCAUCUUCGGGUCCUCUAUUGCAUCCUUCGAUUAUCCAGCAACCCGGGGGAAGAAAGUAGCGCCAGCGAAGUCCUUUACUCCUUCCCUUUUCAGUGUGACAGAUGACAGUCAGUUCGGUGAAUCAACCAACAUUGGGCCUUUGAAUAACUUUGCCUCAUCGCAAAUGGAUGAAGAUGCAGAGGACGAGGAGACCUCUCCGGAGGAAGAAGAAAUGGAUGUAGGAGACGCGACUGGAGGCAGUAAUCGCCUGAGCUUCCUGGACUCCCAGUUUGGAAAACCUGCGCUACCACCGUCCACCUCGAACGCUUUACGAAAACCGAUCUAUUCUAACCCAUCCAAUGCGAAGCGACCUAAGCUCGACGAGAAGUGGGCGGAUCAAUCACCUGUGCGCAAAACGAAACUAUCCCCUAAGAAAGACUCUACAAUGCCGUCAAUUGUGCGGAACUUUGCCUCAAGAUCGCAUAUUGCGUCGGUUGAAGAGCCAAGCGACGUUAUAAUCAACACGGAGGAUGAAAUAUGUCGUUUGUAUGAUGAGGCGCGGAAAGCUGAAUAUCAAGAUGUGGACUUUUCGGCCACUCUGGCAGACGUCUGCAGUAAUUUAACAGAUAUUUGGGAAACGUAUGUGGAGCGUGAGGGCCUGACUCGGACGUCAAGUGCACAAGUGGGCCCCGGCGACCAUGCCCCUAAUGUAAUAAAAGCGAGCUUCCUGGGUUCCUUAUUACUUCAGCUUCACCACCCUCCUCUUUCCAGUGAGACGCCAGGAGGGUUUCACAAUCCCCUCGGCUUUGCUGCACCGCGAAAUCUUGUGCCUACCAACCCGAGAGCAAGCGCGCCUAUCCCUAUACCGAAGGUACUUCUUGAUUGGCUUAACAGAAAUUAUCCCCAAACAGCCGAACUGCGAGCACUGAAAGAAUAUGAACCGAAUCCUACUGCGUCUUCGAACUUUUGGGAAAUUCUCAAUGCCGCUGUAUUGCGCGGUCACUUUUCCGAGGCCGCGAGUGUCUUGCACGCUUCAGAUUUCAACUACGCCAGGUCUGCAUUGGAAGAUGGGUUGCCGCAAACAGGAUAUCGUGGAGCACAGUUACAAAAUAUCCAGAAAUGUAUCAAUAAGGCCCUGCAAAUUUUGGACUCGUGUCCGGGUACUCAGCACGGUGACUGGGAUGUUAAGGGGGCCGAGUGGGCCAUGUAUAGGAAACGUGUGCUCGCAGCGGUGGCAGAUCUAGAAGAAUUUGCUGAGGGAGGUGAGCAGCAAGACUCCGAGCCUCCAGUCGCGCCCAAUCGUUUCCAGGCGAUCAACUUUGGACUAAAACCUACGGGUGCGAAGACCGAGUUCUCCUUUGCCCAGUCUGCACGCAUGGCGGAAAGCCGUGUUCCAUGGACGAUUUACCAGAACCUAAGAUCUAUGUAUCGCAUAAUCCUCGGCGAUGCAGGUGCUGUUAUGAAUCGCGCACAGGACUGGGUCGAGGCCACUAUCAGCUUGACAGUUUGGUGGGACGGAGAGGAUGAUGACGAAAGUUCAGCACAAGGCAACGGACUUGGAGCCAGUACUAGCAUCCAUUUUCUCCGUCCUCGGGUAUCUAAACCCCCAUCAUCUAGCGCUGAAGAUGCUUAUCUUCGUCGCCUUGAUCGCGCUUUUAGCAGUGCAACAAAUGCAGAAUCUGAUGGUGGCGGUUUCCGGAUCAACUCCCUCAGCAGCCUUGAGGUCGGACUGGCUUCCGUCUUUGAAGGAAACGUUGAUGGUGUGUUGGAAUUGCUUCAGACAUGGUCGCUUUGCGUUGCAUCCGCUGUGGCUGAAGUUGCAUCUGCUGGUGGCUGGUUAGGUACGGCAACUGGGGAUAAGCCACUCACAGGUCUUAGCGCGAAUGAUCUAAUGGUUCUCUCUUAUGGUCAAGAUGGUAAAGUGCCAAAGAGCCGUGUUGGCAAGGACGAUAUUCUAAGCAGCUACGCAUCUGGAUUGUUUGAACGAGGAAAUAUUGAAAAUGGUGUCCGAAAGGGUUGGGAAUUGGCACUAGAGGUUCUAAGCCGCUUGGAUAACCAGGAAAAGAUGCAGAAGAGCGUGUCAGAGCUACUGGACAAGUUACCGCUAGACACCGCGGAACAAAUGGACAGGGCCGUGUUGCUUUGCUCUGAGCUGGGUCUGGAGAAGGAAGGCAGAAGAGUUUCGGAGCGUUUUGGUGACCUUACCGUUGCCAAGUCCGAUGAAUAUGGCCUCGCUUUGAUCUGUUAUGCCCGAGCACACAACCGACGUAAGGUCAAAACCGUGGUUGAUCUUCUUAUCUCGUACAGUCUUGUCCAGUCUCGCGCGUACCCCGCACCUGCAGAUCUUGAUGAACAACUUCACUCUUUGGUCAGGGAGCCUAAGGCAUGCCUUUCUGCCGUUGCUACCGUUGAUGAAGAAGCUGCCGGUAUCCUUCAGUUCUACUUUAGUGGGUAUGCUACUCUGCGGCGAUUCUACGAGACUCGUGACGAAGCUAUUGGUCUCCAAGAGGGGCAACGGCCACGGUUCAAGCCCUUGGCCAGACAGCGAGCAGCUGCUCAAGCCUUGGUCGCAGUUAUCACGAGUGCUGCGGACAGCAUUUACGGUGGCCUCUACGACCCAGGCCGAGACUCUGCAGUGCAAGUUGAUGGGUUAUUAACGCUGCUUGGGGAAGUGUUACCGUUCCUUAACCAAUCCACCCCAACUCUUUCUGUGUCUCAACAGUCCGCUGUUCUGUCCGCCAUUGAAGAUCUGGAAACAGUCACGUCUCGCGUCUACGCUCAAUGUGAGGAGUGUUUCCGUUCCACACUCAUCGAAUAUCAGUCUUCCAAGCGAGCUGGCGCUAAUUCAACAUCUGAUGACUCUUUCAUUCUCCCACCUUCUCCACGCGCACUUCUGAAAAAGUCCGUAUCCUCACUAACAGCGUCGAGCACAUUCUCGUUCAUCGGUAGCGAUAUGAUUGAAUCCGCACGUAACCGAUCGGGGCCUGGAUCUGCUGUCAGCUCUGGCGUGCUGGUGCCUCGUUCCGGUGAUGACUCCCGCUCGGCAUAUCAUGAGAGAGGGUGGGACUGGCGUGCCGGUGUACCAGAGGAUGCCAAGGGAGAAGAUAUCAUCCGUAUGCUGCGGCUGGGGCUGGCAAAGGGAUUGAGUUUCGGAGCUCUUGGGUCGGUCUAAUCGGGGAUUGAUAAAAAGUUCUAGCAUUAGCAUGUGCGCUUAAUUUUCAAAGGACGGGUCAGUAUCAUUUCUUGAAUGUAUUAUGUAUAAUGGGAUACUAGCGUUUAGUAUGAGACGUUAAGAUAAAGAAUAUAAAAGAGCCGAAAUGCACC